CUGCUGUUUUUUUUUUAAUGUACGUAUAGAAAACAAAAGACUGGCGGCGGCUGUGACGAGAGUGUCUAGUAGUUAUGUAAGUCUGCAUCGUCGUAAUUACUAUUAUAUAUUUUUCGAUUUAGACCGUAAGUUUUAGUUGUACUCUAUUUUUAUUCUCGACGAGCAUAUUAUAGUAUUUUUGUACUCGAUGUCUUCUUUGUGUGUGUGUGUCGCUGUAAGUAAAUUUGGAUGAAAGUGGAAGAUUAUCGUUUUUUUUGCAAACAAAAGUUGUUCACAAGUUUCUCUGCCCUUUGGUUCGGGGCUGAAGUUAAAAGAAUACGACCAAAGUGUAACUCCUGCUUGUCGUAAGAGGCGACUAAAUGGAGAUCAACUCAUGCCAAAACCUUUAGUUUCCAUGACGAUCUUAUCAUUCCAUUAUUUUAUUUCUCUAUAAUUAAAAAAAUGUUGCUAUGGUUAUUGUAUAGUGAUUAUGAAUGUUAGGUUGCAUAACUUUAAUCAUUUUUAAAUAUCAGUCCUAUGUUUCACAGUAAUUGCAUAAUUAAACAUCUAUUAGUUGGUAGUAACAAAUAAAGUGGUGUGGCAAUCGUGAUUGUUUUACAUUUCCUUUGGUGUAUCACCGGUUGCCUAUGUUCGUUGAGUCUGUGACAGACAGUGACAGAUUUAUCUGAGUGAUGUGUGCGUUGGGUGCAACUUGAACCGUUUAUUUACCGAUAAAGGGAACAAAAAUGAGAUAACGAAGGCUGAAAGUAGUGCUAAACACGGCAGGAAUCGAAUUGUAGUGAAAUAUGGGGCCCAACGAGCUGCCGAUUCCGCGUCACCUGAUAAUCGCGAACGGCGUCUUCACCGUCGUCGCAUUCACACUGCUCCUGCUGAUUCUCAAGCUGCUCGGCGUGCUCUAUGCAAUCGGAAAGUUCACCUCCAUCUACCUGAUCAUCAUCCUCGUCACAUUCGAACUGAUCAAAGCGAUCGCCCGCAGACAUCUAUUCGAGAGCAAACGAAACUCUACUCCAAAGACUUCAACCAAUUCAUUUGACUCAAUUCUGCUGAUUGCCGUCUCAUUGUUGGUGUUUUAUGUGGUGCCCGUACUGUUCGGAGCUCCACUGUUUGCUGACUUCGAGGAGACCCUGAUGUUCAGCACAGUGCUGACCACGCUCACCACCGUCCAGUGUCUGAUACAUUUGGGGUACAAGCAGAGUGUGAAGAUCCUACUCGGUUUGAACACUGUGGAUGCUCAUUCGGUGAGUGUUUCCAGUGUUGUUUUGAGGAACGUUCAGUGCACCGUUUUCGGGGCGUGGAGCGCGGCCGUCGUCAUUCCUUUAGAUUGGAACAGGGCUUGGCAGGCCUGGCCGAUUCCCUGCUGCAUCGGCGCCCUCGUCGGUCACGUCAUCGGGAAUUUCACAUCAACAGCUCUCGUCUUGAACAGGAGGGGUAAACUUUUGUACAAAAAGCACAGUGUCUAAACAACACUUGCAUCGAAAUUAACCAAAGCAAUUCCUUUAUUUAUUAAAUACGAGUUAUAUAGAU